CUACAAGCCAUGGCGCAGCUCUUCCACAAGGACCCGCGCAAUGCGGGCCUGUUCAUCGGAGGCGAACGCAUGUCGGGCUCCGAGAUUCGCGACCAGAACGUGCUGGCGGCGCAGUCGAUUGCCAACAUUGUCAAGUCGAGCCUGGGACCCGUCGGUCUGGACAAGAUGCUUGUCGAUGACAUUGGCGACGUGACGAUUUCCAAUGACGGCGCGACGAUUCUGCAGCUGCUGGAGGUCGAUCAACCCGCAGGUAGGAUCCUCGUUGAGCUGGCGCAACAGCAAGACAAGGAAGUCGGCGACGGCACCACAUCGGUUGUCAUCAUUGCCGCUGAACUGCUCCGGCGCGCCAACGAUCUCGUCCGAAACAAAAUUCACCCCACGACAAUCAUCACGGGCUACCGGCUGGCAUGCCGCGAGGCGUGCAAGUACAUGCAGGACCAGCUCAGCACCAAGGUCGACACCCUGGGCAAGGAGAGCCUGAUCAAUGUGGCCAAGACGAGCAUGGCGAGCAAGGUGAUUGGCAGCGACGACGACUUUUUCGCACAGCUCGCCGUCGAUGCGAUGCUGGCCGUCAAGACGAUCAACCCGAGGGGCGAGAUCAAGUACCCCGUCAAGGCCGUCAACGUGCUCAAGGCCCAUGGAAAGUCGGCGCGCGAGAGCCUCUUCAUCAAUGGCUAUGCGCUCAACUGCACCGUGGCGUCGCAGGCAAUGAAGACGCGGAUCCGCAACGCAAAGAUUGCGUGCCUGGACAUCAACCUGCACAAGCAGCGCAUGCACAUGGGCGUCCACAUUACCAUCGACGACCCAGACCAGCUGGAGAAGAUUCGGGCGAGGGAGAGCGAGAUGGUGCUGGAGCGCGUGCGAAAGAUUCUCGCCGCGGGCGCAAAUGUCAUUCUGACAACGAAGGGCAUCGACGACCUCUGCCUCAAGGAGUUUGUCGAGGCGGGCGCCAUGGGUGUUCGGCGGUGCCGCAAGGAGGACCUGAGGAGGAUCGCAAAGGCCACGGGCGGCCAGCUCAUCUCGAGCUUGGCCAACCUCGAGGGCGAGGAGACGUUUGAGGCCAGCAGCCUGGGCCACGCUGACGAGGUCGCCCAGGAGCGCAUCUCGGACGAUGAGCUGAUUCUGAUCCGGGGCACAAAGACGGUCAGCUCCUCGUCGAUUGUGCUCCGAGGCGCCAACGACUACAUGCUCGACGAGAUGGAGCGGUCGCUGCACGACUCGCUGAGCGUCAUCAAGCGCACCCUCGAGAGCGGCAGUGUCGUGCCCGGCGGCGGCGCAGUCGAGUCGGCCCUGAGCAUCUACCUCGAAAACUUUGCCACGACGCUCGGCUCGCGCGAGCAGCUGGCCAUUGCCGAGUUUGCCCAGGCGCUCCUCGUGAUUCCCAAGACGCUGGCCGUCAAUGCGGCAAAGGACAGCACCGACCUCGUGGCCAAGCUGCGGGCGUACCACAACGCAGCCCAGAGCGCGAGCGCAAACGACCCGAAAAAGAAUCUGCGAUUCUACGGCCUGGACCUCCUCAACGGCCAGGUUCGCGACAACCUCCGUGCGGGCGUGCUGGAGCCGACGGUGAGCAAGGUCAGGAGCCUCAAGAGCAGCCUCGAGGCGGCCACGAGCCUGCUCAGAAUCGACGAUGCCGUGCGGGUGGAGCCGCCGCCGCAGGAGGAGGACCCGCAUGCGCACAUGUAGACUUGCCACAAUCAAAGAGGGGUAGAGAGAAUCAUCAUCAUGCAAAAAAAAGGAAAGGAACAUAUAUCCUCAUGCAAGAACUGUGAUUGCAGUUGUGACUUAUGGGUAUCAUUGCCCUUGACAGUGGAUUUGGGAU